UUGUCGCCACUAACCUAGCUACCAACUUCAUCAUCGCAACAAUGGUCUUCCGGACAUCCCUUGUUCUCUCCCUCGCCGCAUUGUUGGUCGCCGGAGCUCAAUCAACGACAGUGUUUUUCACGAACAAAUGUUCGUACACGGUAUGGCCAGCAACCCUAACCGGCGGCGGCGCACCUCAGCUCUCAACCACUGGCUUCGAGCUCCCUUCCGGCGAGUCCUCCACCCUCGAGGUCCCUCCUAACUGGACAAGCGGCCGAAUCUGGGGCAGGACCGGCUGCACCACCGACUCCACCACCGGUAAAUUCUCCUGCCUCACCGGCGACUGCGCCUCCGGCCAGAUCGAGUGCAACGGCGCCGGCGGCAUCCCUCCCGCAACGCUCCUCGAGUUCACCCUCAAUGGAAACAGCAACGGGGUCGACUUCUACGACGUCAGCCUCGUCGACGGGUUCAACUUACCCGUCUCGGUCCAGCCGCUGGGGAACUACAGCUGCAACGCCACGAGCUGCGCUGGCGACGUGAACGGCGUUUGCCUCCCCGAGCUGUCGGUGACGGGGCCCGACGGGAGCGUGGUGGCUUGCAAGAGCGCGUGCUUGGCGCUGAACCAGCCGCAGUACUGCUGCAGUGGGGAGUAUAAUGCGCCGGAGAAGUGCCCGCCGACGGGGUACUCGAAGUUGUUUAAGGCUCAGUGCCCUCAGGCUUAUAGCUAUGCUUAUGAUGAUGGGACCAGCACGUUCACUUGUCCCACCGGGGAUAAUUACUUGAUUUGGCUGGAAAGAAAUAGAAGAAUCUUCAGGGAUUCCAAGAGCGUACCUGUUGUCGUGACCCGGAAUGCACUUAGAGCUACUAUCGAUUGGGCUACAGCUCAUAACAAAGUUUCUAAGGAGCAGGGCUUGCAGUGGCUGGGAGAGAAGAUGGACAUGUUGCAGAGGACCUAUAGAUCGAUGGCGCAGUGGCCUGGUCCACUGAGGUGUGCUUCAGUGAUGAGGGCUUUGUUUGUUUUGCUUGAUUCAACCCUAACCGGCGGCGGCGCACCUCAGCUCUGCACCACCGGCUUCGAGCUCCCUUCCGGCCAAUCCUCCACCCUCGAGGUCCCUCCCAACUGGACCAGCGGCCGAAUGUGGGGAAGGACCGGAUGCACCACCAACUCCAUCACCGGCAAAUUCUCCUGCAUCACCGGCGACUGCGCCUCCGGCCAGGUCGAGUGCAGCGGCGCGGGAGCCAUCCCUCCCGCAACCCUCAUCGAGUUCACCCUCAGCGGCAGCGGCGGACUCGACUUCUAUGACGUCAGCCUCGUCGACGGGUUCAACCUGCCCGUCUCGGUCCAGCCGCUGGGGAACCACAGCUGCAACGCCACGAGCUGUGCGGUCAACGUGAACGAGGCGUGCCCGCCGGAGCUCGCCGCGACGGGAAUCGACGGGAGCGUGAUGGGAUGCAAGAGCGCGUGCCUGGCGCUGAACCAGCCGCAGUACUGCUGCAGUGGGGAUUUUAACACGCCGGAGAAGUGCCCGCCGACGGGGUACUCGAAGUUGUUUAAGGACCGGUGCCCUCAGGCUUAUAGCUAUGCUUAUGAUGAUGGGACCAGCACGUUCACGUGUCCUACCGGCGACAAUUACUUGGUCACGUUUUGUCCUUGA